GGAAGAAUACGAACCACCCCCCUCCUCCCCAUACUGAAUCGAGGUGCUGAAUGCCGGACGUGACCAUCGGGGACGUGCGUGUUUAAGUGGGAGCGGAUGACUCUGGGUGAAGUGGUGACAGCUCUCAACCGUGUCCCAACAUCACGUGGAGGAAGGUGUGGGGGAUAUUUCCCCCAUUAAUGGAAGAUCGAGGACUCGCCAAACUGCGAAUGCGAUGAGAUGCGAAACCAACAGGCAUAUUACUGACGACUGCCCGACACUACAACGCCUGCUCUGGACCAUCAUGGGACCUCACGGGAUCAACCGAGCAGCCCACCGCAUCGUCCUGUCCGAUUGCGAGAACGGCCUCGGAGUGAAGGUGAUCGGUGGAGUGCGCGAAUCCGGAGAGGAGUUCGGUGUUUACGUGAAACGCGUGCUGCCCGGAGGGAUGGCGGCCCUAGACGGGCGGCUGAGGCCAGGUGACCAGAUCUUGGAGGUGAACGGCGAGAGUCUGCUGGGAGUGACUAAUGACAGCGCGGUCGACGUCCUGCGCCUGGCCUCCGUGAGCAGUCACAUGUCGCUGCUCAUCUCUCGCGACGACGAGGCUCGGAGAGAGUUUGCGGAGCUCCUGGAGAAGUACGCGAGUAACAGUGACGCCAGCUCAGCACACAGCUCCCCGACGCCGCCCACGUUAGGAAAGUUCCUAGACAGCACCUCGUCAGCUUCGUCGUCCCGAUCUCCGAGUCCCCUGCUCAGCCCCAAGGACAGCCUGAGCCACACCUCGGGGGCGUUCCCGGCCUCGCGCGACUCGCGAGCCACCACGCCCAGCAGCCCACAGAGCGAGAGCGGCGCCAUCCAGGUGAUCUCCCUGGUCAGGACCUCGGGCCUGGGCAUCACCCUCAUGGGCGGCACGAACCGUCCUGACGGGCCCAUGGUGUACGUGCAGGAGGUGCUGCCGGGCGGCGACUGCCACAAGGACGGGCGCGUGAGACCAGGGGAUCAGCUCGUGGCCAUCAACAAGGAGUCGCUCGUGGGCAUCACUCACGAAGACGCCAAGGGGCUGCUGACUCGCACCAAGCUUCGCACGGACGCCGGCGUGGAGAUCGCGUUCAUCCGAGGGAAGGGUCCCCCGUACUCGAGUGCCCUCCACAGCGUGGCGCUCUACUCCUCGCAGCCCGGCAUCCCCAGCACGCAGCCCAAGCAGGGAAAUUCUCGGCAAGGCUUGGCGCCCAUACCAGUCAUCAACUCGGCAGGGUCCACACACGCAGGGGGGCGGCACUUGAGCAGGAAGCUGUCGCUGGACCCACACGUGCGGCUCAAGGUGGACAAGCUGGAGCUGGCGCUGCGCUAUCUGGGUGUGGAGGCGCGGGAAGAGCAGCAGGAGGCACUCCGCGAAGCUCUGCAAGUGGAUUCGCGCGGAACGGUCAAGUACGGAGAUUUUGUGCGGGCAGCUCGCCAGGUGUUCUGCCUGCAGCUGGAGGAGAUGGGGCCGGCUCAGGGCGCGGUGCUGGUCGGCACGAGCGAGCUGGCCGCCCUGCUGGAGCCGCUGUCCCCGCUCGGCCGGGGCUUUGGCAGCGACGAUGGGGAAGCGGAGCGCCUCAGGAGGGAGAGGGAUGAAGCUCUCUUCGAGAACCACAGCCUCAAGGCCCGGCUGAGCGAGGUCGAGCACUCGAGCAAGGAUCUGCACGAGGAGCUGCAGAAGGCAAAACAGGAGGCGCAGGUGGCGCUGGAGGAGAGCCGCGCGCUGCGGAACCGCGUGCACCUGGCGGAGGUGGCGACGCGGCAGGCGCACAGCAUGGAGCAGGACUACGAGGAGGUGGUGCGGCUCCUCGAGAUCGAGCUGUCCGACGUCAAGGGCCAGCUCAUCGACCUCGAGCGCAAGGAGGCCGCCAAGGACGAGGUGCUGGAGCUGAGGAAGAGAAUCGCCGUGCUCGACUGCCAGCUGCGCAAGUCCGAGAUGACGAGGAAAACCUUCGAGGUCUCCACUGACAAGCUGCUGCAGUUCGUGGAGACGGUGCAGGAGGUCCUGUCCAGUCUGGUCCCGGCGCAAGGACAGCUGGCGCUGACGAGAGGCGAGACGGUGGGGGUGCAUCACCUGUCCCCCGUGGUGUCGCGCGGAGUGCGGAACGGCACUGCCAGCUGCCUUGGCCUGGCGGCCGAGGCUCGGGAGAUCAGCAAGUCCAUUCGCGGGCUCAUCGAGGCCGACUGUUUGCCAUAUGGCUGGGAAGAGGCCUACACAGCGGAUGGCAUCAAGUAUUUUAUAAAUCACGUGACGCAGACGACCUCGUGGGUUCACCCGGUGACCAGCACGCUCAGCUUGCCCCUGUCAGACGACGCGGCCAAUGGGGUUGCUGGAGAGUCCACCACGUAGCCAAUCGCGCGCGAGCUUGGACCAGCUAUGGCCGGUGGUCACCUGUGUCGAGGUCGCGGAGGAAUGUAAUGGAAGAAUGUUACUUUUGACACUUUUUUUUAGUAGUGUGCCUACGAGCAAAUGUAUCAUAUCCAUGUACAAAGAAGAACCCCGUGGACUUUGUAAAUCAGAAGAAAGCCAGAGCACGUGAUGCCUCCCGACGUGGUUUAAAUAUUAAACGCAUCCCGUCGCAGGGCCGUGAAGGAUGGAUGCCAGCAUCGGGAGGCCUUCAUCCAGCAGUGUAUAGACCUUGGCAAAGGAUGAUGUAUAUGAAGCAAAACAGUUUAGUGUUACCGGUACAUUGGUUGUAGAAGUUAUGUCUUUCAUUAGCGCGUUGUUUUUAUUUUAAGGUGUCAACAGCCCUGUAACUAUCGCAGCCCAGCACGUAUAUUUUUACUGGUAUUUGUUCACAGUUUUUAAACCAUUUUACUUUACUUUAGCGCAGAGAACAUUAGCGGCGCGUCAGUUUAAAUUCAAACUGUGAAGACAAAACUGUGGGAUUUGCUUGGGUUUUGCAACCACGUGGAUUUAUUUCAUGAUAAAAAAAGGUGUGUGUAUUUCUGGGAAUCUGUAAAUACAGAAGGGAUAGUGUUAUUUUCAACGACAUGCCUUAUUUCGUUUUCAUACGAUGCCGAGUAUUCGUGUUUGAAGGAAACAAAAAGGGCGUUGCCGUUUGAACACCGCGAUGUAGGGUGGCAGGCUGGCUGUGUGACAGCCGUGUCUCGCCUUUAUUGUGACCCAUCACUUUCCAAGGCCCCAUUGCAUAUUGCCACACAGCAACAACAAAACGGCGUUCGAUGCUCAAGUGGCAAUGACGUGCACCAUGGCGCCUACGCCGCACUAGUUGCACCUCGAGGCCACUUGAAGUCUGGAAGGCUCGCUGCUAGUAGGAGAUCACGGCACAGACCCAAGUGUUACGAGUUGAUUACUACCCUUUUUUGGAGGCCGUGUCCUGUGUACACCUUGUGCCACAUAUGGACAGCUAUCACUGGAGGCUCCCCUUGGCUAGACUUCAGGGCAUUGAAACGGUUCAGAUGAGAUGUAAUGCAGGGCACUUGAUUUCCUAGGCAAUUAAUUGCCCUAUGAAUCCGAAUCCUUAAGGUGACAUUAACAUGCACUUGUGCCAGACUAGAUGCAGUUGGAGGCCAUGAGAAGUGAUCGAAGGAUUGCCAGCAGGAAGAAUAUGAUACAGACCCAGAUAUGAACUAGCUCAGGUCACUGGCAGAUGUACAUGCGCUCUCCACUGGACUAACUCAGUUUUAUCUACCUGCUGCUCUGCUCGUUGUUGUGAGCAUUGUUCCCCUACCUCCUGCUGUAGUCGAGGAUGGCGGCAGCUGACCAACACCCAUUAACAUCUUGCGCAUCCCCCUCCAUCAAUCCUCAUGUUGACACCACUCGUGAAAGCCAUUGCCACGCACUCACACAUACACAUUCCCCGAAGACAAACUGGCAUGUUCACAAAGAUGAUAUGUAUUCAAAUAUUUUUUCUCAUUAAAAUACAAAGUGAGCUCCGUCCGUCCGUCCAUUAUAGAUGUUUUUUCUUUUUAAGGCCACAGUGUUAUCCACAAUCGUGUUGAAUGUUUGGUCUAAGAUGAUGUGGCAGCAUAGUCCACUCGGAUUAUCAUUCCUCAGCUUAGGCACCACCGCCUUGUGGCUUCUGGGCCACGUUUUGCCGUGGCUGGGUCUGACCGACGCCCGCUGGAUUUGUAAGCGAGCACUUUCGAAACGUUCUUGCUCCAUCCGUGCACGCGCAACCUCAUUCCCCGUCGACACCGCACAGCCAAUGAGACCACCACCACCUCCUACACCAGCGGGCAAGAGGAGCUCACAAUGCAACUGUGGUCACCAUUCUCAAACCAUGGCCCACGCAGUAACGCCACUGCCAGCUUCGAUUAUUCGCCAGCAGCGUUCCAGAUGUUCACCGUGAGGUUAUUCCCGAAACCAUCCACUGGCUCGCCUCGCUAACCUCCACAUGAACAUUUGAACGCGGCUGACCAACUCUCCGACACGAAAAGAAGACUGCUCAUCUCGCCGCAGUUUUGUAACGACAGCCUAGCGGCAGCGCGUUCGUCGCUUGUUGCAAGAAGUUCGCGGUUAAAAUCCAGCGGCUGCCCUGGUUAUAAACUGCGGGUGUAAUAAACCGUAAAAAAACACACACACACACGGGUCGCCUGCAUCACCAGUGGACGUUAAAGAUCAUCCAUCGACGUCUUUCGCAAGAAUAGGCUGUUGUGUGCCGAAGUUCGGGUCCACAUUUUGCCAAAUUCUAAAAUUAACC